GUAUCAGCCCUCUAAGACCUUAGCUGAAGUCUAUCGCAGUGUUUAUAAGGUUCGGAACCGCCUGCUGGCCUGUAAGAACAUGGAUUUCAUUCAGACUCGAUCCUCUUCACGUGAGAGGAGGAUCUCAGACAACCAGGACUCUCUGGACAUGGACCCUCAGGAACACUCGUUCACCCGCACCAUCGACGAGGAGGCGGAGCUAGAGGAGCGAGCCGACCGCGAGAGAGAGGAAGGCCAUCAGGAGCAAGACGAUGAAGAGGAGGACCGAGAGCAUGAAGUAAUGACGGCAGGAAAAAUCUUUCAAUGUUUCCUCUCAGCGCGGGAAGUGGCUCGCAGUCGGGACAGAGAGCGAGCCAGCAGCAGCACCGGCCUCGGCUCCAGCUCUGCUUCCAGGAGCGGAGGCGGAGGAGGAGGAGGAGGAGGAGGAAGUGUAGGAGGAGGAGCUGGAGGAGAAGAAGAUGCUACUCUGUCUCAGGAAGGGAGGAGAGGCAGUACGGGUCUGCCUGAAGGCCAGGAUCUGUACACAGCAGCCUGUAACUCAGUGAUUCACCGCUGUGCUCUGCUGGUGCUCGGAGUGAGUCCGGUUCUGGGCGAGCUGAGCAAACAGAACCAGGAGGAAGGUCAGACGCAGUCGGCUACGGGAACGCAGGAGUGUCUGAGCUUCAUGACGAGGAGCGAGAGUCUGAGUGCAGAGAGCCGCUCGGUGCAGAGCAGCCCGAGCUACCGACUGAUGAAGUCCAGGAGCGAGUCUGAUCUCUCCCAACCCGAGUCUGACGAAGAGGGUUACACUCUGAGCGGACGCAGGAACGUGGACCUGGACUUGGCUUUCUCUCACAAAAAACGAGGUUUACUCCACAGCUCUCCGGACUCUCUGGCCGAGUCUUGGUUCCGGGCCAAGCUGAGCCGCCAGCGCAGCUACGGCUCGGCUCACUCGUACGAGGAGUCGGACCUGGACCUGAGCCGCUCGCUGGGCGUCCACGCGCUCAUCGACAACAUGGUGAGCUUCAUCAGCGGAGACGUCGGCCUCGCUCCCGCCUUCAAAGAGCCGGAGGAGAGCAUGUCCACCAGUCCGCAGGCCACCAUCCUCGCUAUGGAGCAGCAGCAGAGCCGCGCUGAGCUGCGACUGGAAGCUCUCCACCAGAUCGUGGUGCUGAUCUCCGGUAUGGAAGAGAAAGGCAGUCAGCCUGGGAACGCCGAUCGUUCCAGUGUUGCCUUCCAGUCCUCGUCUCUGCUCACCUCCGUCAGGCUGCAGUUCCUGGCCGGCUGCUUCGGCCUCGGCACCGUCGGCACCGGAGCGCUGAAGAGGGAGAGCGUGCAGCUGCAUCAUUAUCAGGAUGGUGUAAAAGCAGCGAAGAGGAGCCUCCAGAUGGAAAUCCAGACAGCCGUUCAUAAGAUCUACCAGCAGCUGUCUGUCACACUGGAGAGAGCGCUGCAGGCCAACAAGCAUCACAUCGAAGCCCAGCAGCGCCUCCUGCUGGUGACCGUGUGCCUGAGCGUGCGUUACCAGCCCGUUGACGUCUCCCUGGCCAUCUCCAGCGGGCUGCUCAACGUGCUCUCCCAGCUGUGCGGCACAGAGACCAUGCUGGGCCAGCCGCUCCAGCUGCUGCAGAAACCAGGAGUGUCUCAGCUCAGCACGGCCCUGAAGGUGGCGUCCACGCGGCUGCUGCAGAUACUGGCCAUCAGCACCGGCACAUAUGCAGACAAGCUGAGCCCCAAAGUGGUCCAAUCUCUGCUGGACCUGCUGUGCAGUCAGCUGAAGAACCUGCUGUCUCAGGCUGGAGUCAGUCUGCUGUCGCCUGGAAAAGACCAAGAGGACACCAAGCACGAGGACGGAGCAGACUCGGAGAAGAAAGACCUCAGAGCUUUGCUUCGUAAGCAGCACACGGCUGAGCUGCACCUCGGAGACUUCCUCGUCUUCCUACGGAGAGUCGUGUCUUCCAAAGCCAUCCAGUCAAAGAUGGCCUCCCCGAAAUGGACUGAAGUGCUGCUCAAUAUCGCUGCACAGAAAUGCUGCUCAGGGGUCCCUCUGGUGGGAAACCUGAGGACUCGGCUUCUGGCUCUUCAUGUUCUGGAGGCCGUCCUGCCUGCCUGCGAGUCCAAUAUGGAGGAUGAUCAAAUGACACAGGUUGUGGAGCGGCUGUUCUCUCUGCUCUCCGACUGCAUGUGGGAAGCUCCCAUCGCUCAGGCCAAGCACUCGAUCCAGAUUAAAGAAAAAGUCCAAGAGCUCAAACUCCAGGGAGAGGCGGAGGAGGAGGAUGAGAACCUUCCCAUCCAGGAAGUGUCCUUUGACCCGGAGAAGGCUCAGUGCUGCGUGGUGGAGAACGGCCAGGGGUUGACGCAUGGCAGCGGGGGGAAAGGCUACGGCUUGGCCUCCACGGGAAUCUCCUCUGGGUGCUACCAGUGGAAGUUUUACAUCGUGAAAGAAAACCGAGGCAACGAGGGAACGUGCGUGGGCGUCUCUCGAUGGCCCGUGCACGACUUCAACCACCGCACCACGUCGGACAUGUGGCUGUACCGAGCGUACAGCGGAAACCUGUAUCACAACGGGGAGCAGACGCUGACGCUCAGCAGCUUCACUCAGGGAGACUUCAUCACCUGCGUCCUCGACAUGGAGGCCAGAACCAUCUCGUUUGGGAAGAACGGAGAGGAGCCUAAAUUAGCCUUCGAGGACGUUGAUGCGACAGAGUUAUAUCCCUGUGUGAUGUUCUACAGCAGUAACCCCGGAGAAAAGGUGAAGAUCUGUGACAUGCAGAUGCGGGGAACACCCAGAGACCUCCUGCCCGGUGAUCCGGUCUGCAGCCCCAUGGCAACCGUGCUGGCCGAGGCCACGACGCAGCUGAUCCGCAUUUUACACCGCACCGACCACUGGACGCACCGCAUCAACAAGACCAUGAUCGAGCGGCUUCACAAGAUCAAACCCUGUUUUAGAGAGUCCGCCAGCGCGACCGGCGGCGGCGGCGGCGGUCAGCGGCUGAAGAAGAGCCGCUCGGUGCAGAGCCGCGAGGAACACGACGCCCAACGAGAGAGCCAAGAAACCCCGACGAGGACGGAGGAGGAGAGAGGACGACACGCACGGCAGCACGGCCUUGGGGAGCUGUCGGAGCUUCACCUGAGGACGCUGUGCACUGAGGUGUGGCCCGUGCUGGCGGUGAUCGGGGGAGCGGACGCAGGCCUGAGGGUCGGCGGGCGAUGCGUGCACAAGCAGACGGGACGGCACGCCACCCUGCUGGGCGUAGUGAAGGAAGGAAGCACAUCGGCCAAGGUGCAGUGGGACGAGGCCGAGAUCACCAUCAGCUUCCCAACUUUCUGGUCGCCUAGUGACACUCCGCUAUACAACCUGGACCCGUGCGAGCCGCUGCCCUUCGACGUGGCUCGUUUCCGCGGCCUCACCGCCUCGCUGCUGCUGGAUCUCACCUGCCUCACCAGCAUCCACGAGGACACCGCCGCUAAGCUCAGCGCGCGACGCCACGACAAGAAGCACCGCAACGCCGCCUCCACCGGGCACGAACCCACCGGCGGCGGCGGCGGCGGCUCCGACGACAGGGUCGACAACGAGGGGCACAACCGUAACGAAGCGAGGGAUAACGCCAGAGCUGGAUCGCCUCCCAACGCCGUGACCUCUGACCUGCGUGUGUCCCACAGCCUGGAUGAGGUCAAAGCUCACGUGGCACCCAACUCCAAGUCGGAGAGCGAGAUCUCCUCGGUGGCCGGCGGCGGCGGUGGAGGUGUAGGUGGGAGCGAGACCCUUUUCUCCACAGCUCCUCACACUCCCGCCGAGGGGAACAGGAAGAAGGGUCACGAGCACGGCUCCCGCUGUCACGAGCUGUCGGCGUCGUCCGUAGCAACCCAGUCGGAGAUCCACGCGGUGCAGCUGUCGUACCUUUACCUGGGAGCCAUGAAGACACUCAGCUCGCUGCUCAGCUGCAGCAAGUACGCUGAGCUGCUCCUCAUACCGAAGGUGAUACCAGAAGCAGCUCCCAGCGGCCACAACGCCGAUCUGAACGCCGGCACCAGCGGAAGCACGGCCCCCACCUCGCCCGUGUGCCAGGAGGAAGUGGAGAUGCGGGCGGCGCUGCAGUUCCUGAUGCGUCACAUGGUGAAACGGGCGGUGAUGCGCUCGCCCAUCAAACGGGCGUUAGGCCUGGCCGACCUGGAGAGAGCGCAGGCCAUGAUCUACAAACUGGUGGUUAACGGACUCCUGGAGGAGCCGAGCGGAGGGAAAAACAAACCUGGAGUGAGGAGUGAACCGGAGGGCGAGGGCGAAGGCACAGAGGGAGAGCAGUUGGCCCAGACCCCCGUCACCACCAGCCCCUCGGCCUCCAGCACCACCUCCUUCAUGAGCUCGUCCCUGGAGGACACCACCACCGCUACGACGCCCGUCACCGACACGGAGACGGUUCCCGCCUCCGAGUCUCCGGGCGUCAUGCCGCUCAGCCUGCUCAGGCAAAUGUUCUCCAGCUACCCGACCACCACGCUGGCUCCCACCCGGCGAGCUCAGACGCCUCCCGUCUCGUCUCUGCCGACGUCUCCGUCAGACGAAGUCGGUCGCAGGCAGAGUCUCACUUCGCCCGACUCGCAGCCCUCCAGACCCCAGAACAGAACCGGUACCUCUCUGUCAGAUCCGAGCAGCAGACUGUCGACGUCUCCUCCUCCUCCAGCCAUCGCUGUGCCGCUGCUGGAGAUGGGCUUCUCCCUGCGCCAGAUCACCAAAGCUCUGGAGGCCACCGGAGCUCGGGGAGAAGCAGACGCUCAGAACAUCACGGUGCUCGCUAUGUGGAUGAUCGAACAUCCGGGUACAGAGGAGGAGCACGACGAGCCUCACACCAGAGGAGGAGGAGGAGGAGGAGGAGGAGGAGGAAACAACGGGGGCAAUGGUGGCAACGACGGGUCCGACUCCUCCUGCCCCGGCGCGAUGGCUUCCUCUGGAGGCAAAUCUCUGGACAGGAGCUCGUUCCUGUGCUCACCCGGAGACAUCGCCAGCGCAGACGCCUCGGAAAUGGAGGAAGGCUUCAUCGAGAGUCCGGAGGGUUUGGAGCAGGACAGUGCAGCGGCUUCCAGCGGCGCUCCUCUCAGAGGCCGCUCCGCCGUCGGCAGGAAACAUCGCUUCGACCUGGCUGCUCGCACGCUGUUAGCCCGCGCUGCCGGACUGUACCGCUCGGUGCAGGCUCACCACAGCCAAUCACGUCGAGAGGUUUCGGCCCUGCAGCAGCAACAAGACCCGGGAGCCCUUUACGACUUCAACCUGGACGAAGAGCUGGAGAUGGACCUGGACGAGGAGACGAUGGAGGCCAUGUUCGGCCAGGACCUCGCCAGCGACACCGACAUUCUGGGAAUGUGGAUCCCGGAGGUACUGGACUGGCCAACAUGGCACGUAUGCGAGACGGACGAUCGGGAUGAGGUGGUGGUGUGUGAGCUGUGCGAGGCCAACGUGGCCAACUUCAAUCAGCACAUGAAGAAAAGUCACCCGGGAUGCGGCCGAAGCGCCAACCGGCAGGGUUACCGCAGCAACGGCUCCUACGUGGACGGCUGGUUCGGAGGGGAGUGCGGCAGCGGGAACCCUUACUACCUGCUGUGUGGCGCCUGCAGAGAGAAGUACUUAGCCAUCAAGAGCAAGGCUAAAGUUCCCAUCGUGGAGAGAUAUAAGGGACAGGCUCCUGACCUCCUGGGGAAGCAGGACAGUGUCUAUGAAGAAGACUGGGACAUGCUGGAUGUGGACGAAGACGAGAAGCUGACAGGGGAGGAAGAGUUCGAGCUCCUGGCCGGCCCGUUGGGUCUGAGCGAGCGAAGGAUCGUCCCCGAAGCGGUCCAGUUCCCCGACAGCGACCCACUGGGAGCCACCGUCGCUAUGGUGACGGCCACCAACAGUAUGGAGGAGACCCUGCUGCAGAUCGGCUGUCAGACGUCGGUGGAUAAGAGUUCAUCGGGCAGAGUGACCCUCGGAGAACAAGCCGCCGCUCUGCAGAACCCUCACGACCGAGUGAUGGCGCUGCGGAGAGUGACGGCCGCGGCUCAGGUGCUGCUGGCCAGGACGAUGGUGAUGAGAGCGCUGUCCCUGCUGUCUGUCAGCGGCUCCAGCUGCAGCCUCGCAGCCGGUCUGGAGUCUCUGGGUCUGACUGACAUCAGGACUCUGGUGAGGCUGAUGUGUCUGGCGGCGGCGGGUCGAGCCGGUCUUUCCACCAGUCCCACGUCGGGUGCCGGCCACAGCGAUAGACCUCGUGGAGCCGCCAAGGCCAGCAAACCCAUCUCCUGUCUGGCUUACCUCAGCACCGCAGUGGGCUGCUUGGCCUCCAACAGUCCCAACGCCGCCAAGCUGCUGGUGCAGCUCUGCACUCAGAACUUGAUCUCCGCAGCCACCGGCAUGAAUCUGACCACCGUGGACGAUCCCAUCCAGAGGAAGUUCCUGCCCAGCUUCCUGCGAGGCGUAGCCGAGGAGAACAAGCUCGUCACCUCUCCCAACUUUGUGGUGACGCAGGCUCUGGUGGCUCUGCUGGCUGAUAAAGGAGCCAGACUCAGACCUGCUUAUGACAAGGCUGAUAUGGAGAAACGAGGCCCUCUGGAGCUGGCCAACGCUCUGGCGGCCUGCUGCCUUUCCUCCAGACUCUCCUCACAGCACCGUCAGUGGGCCGCUCAACAGCUGGUCCGCACGCUGGCCGCACACGACCGCGACAACAACCAGAGCCGGCCGCAAACCUUCGCCGACAUGGCGGGAGAUCUGCGGAAGUGUUCCUUCAUCAAGCUGGAGGCUCAUCAGAGCAGAGUGAUCUCGUGCAGCUGGUGCAGUAAGAAAGGUUUACUCGCUACGAUCGGAAACGACGGGACGGUCCGAGUGUGGAACGUCACCAAGAGCCAGUACACGCUGCAGCAGACCUGCAUCUUUAAUAAGGAUGAUGGAUCCACAGAGGAGGGAAUGUCAGGUUUGGGCUCCCCGAGCGAUGUCUCCUUGUCUCCUCUGUCCUGGAGCGUCACAGGAAGAUAUCUGGCCUCCGCUAUGGAGAAAAUGGUCAACAUCUGGCAAGUUAAUGGUGGUAAGGGUCUUUUGGACGUGCAGCCUCACUGGGUGUCGGCGCUGGCCUGGCCCGAAGAGGAAGCCGAGUCCUUGUGGUGCGGCGAGCCCUCGGACAUGCUGCUGGUGGGUCGGAUGGACGGAUCUCUGGGCCUCAUCGAGGUGCUGGACACCUCCAGCAUGCACCGCACCGAGCUGGAGCACUGCUACAGGAAAGAUGUGGCAGUGAUGCACAUUGCUUGGUACAGUGAAGACAAGCCUUUCGCUGUGGGCUACGCAGAUGGCAAGCUGCUGAUUGGAUCCAAAGAGCCGUUAGAAAAAGGAGCCAUCGUGGUCAUCGAUGCACACAAGGAGUCCAUCACCAGUAUGAAGUGGAGUCCCUCCGGUCAGAUCUUGCUGACUUGUGCCAAAGAGGAGACGGUGAAGCUUUGGUCGGGUCCGGACUUCCAGUGUGACUCUGGACCCGGCUGGCACUGCCUGCAGAGCAUCAGACAGCCGUCGCUGGUCAACAACGUGGCCUGGUGCAGCCUGCAGGGACGCGGCCCAAAACCUCUCAGCAUGCUCGCUAUAUGCUGUCAGAGCGGUCUGGUCUCCGUCUGGACCGUUCCUCAGGUCGUCUCCAACUUCAAAGAGUCCUCUGAAUCAGAGGGAUGGUGGGAGAAUGAAACGCACCCUAAACUUAUGGUCUGUGGCGAGCAGCUCGUCCACAGCCCUUACAUGCAGUGCCUCGCCUCCCUGGCUGUCGGUCUCCACCUGGACCAGCUCCUGUGUCGGCCCCCCCGUCCCUCCUCUCCUCCGUCACUGCCUCUAGAGUCCGGCACCGCCGUCUGGAGCGCCAGCGAGUGGGCCUGGUUGGACUGCUUCUCCACCACGGUGAAAGCGGCCGAGGCGCUCGCUCGAGGCGCCACCUUCCCCGAGGCGUUCUCCGUUCCAGACCUGGAGCCCGUGCCUAAAGAUGAGAUGGCUCUGCUCAUGGACAACAGUAAAUGGGCGUCUGGUAUGGAUGAACAGAUCAUGUCCUGGGCCACGUCCAGACAGAGAUGUCUCGACUGGCACCUCGGAGGGAAGUGUGACGUGUUUCUUUGGGGUGCCGGACGACACGGACAGCUGGCCGAGGCCGGUAGAAACAUCCUGGUGCCGACAACCGCCCCGUCCUUCUCUCAGGCACAACAGGUGGUUUGUGGUCAGAACUGCACCUUCGUGAUCCAGCCUAACGGGACGGUGUUGGCCUGCGGAGAGGGAAGCUACGGCCGGCUGGGACAAGGCAACUCUGAUGACCUGCACGUCCUCACCGUCAUCUCAGCUCUGCAAGGUUUUGUCGUGACUCAGCUGGUGACGUCGUGCGGCAGCGACGGCCACUCCAUGGCUCUGACGGAGAGCGGCGAGGUGUUCAGCUGGGGAGACGGAGACUACGGCAAGCUGGGACACGGGAACAGCGACCGCCAACGCCGACCCCGACAGAUCGAAGCCCUGCAAGGAGAGGAAGUCGUACAGAUGUCCUGCGGGUUCAAACAUUCGGCGGUGGUAACAGCCGACGGGAAGCUUUUCACAUUCGGUAACGGUGAUUAUGGACGACUGGGUUUGGGAAACACGUCGAACAAGAAGCUACCGGAGAAAGUCACGGCGCUCGAAGGCUACCAAGUCGGACAGGUGGCUUGUGGUCUGAAUCACACUCUGGUCGUCUCUGCCGAUGGGAUGAUGGUUUGGGCUUUUGGUGACGGAGAUUAUGGAAAACUGGGACUUGGUAACUCAACAGCCAAGUCGUCUCCUCAGAAAGUUGACGUGUUGUGUGGAAUCAACAUCAAAAAAGUGGCGUGUGGGACGCAGUUCUCUGUGGCUUUAACCAAAGAUGGCAAAGUGUUUACGUUCGGCCAAGACCGGCUGAUCGGCCUGCCAGAAGGCCGAGCCAGGAACCACAACCGACCGCAGCAGGUGCCGGCGCUGUCAGGGACUCACAUCCAGGACGUCGCCGUGGGAGCCGAACACACGCUGGUGCUUUCAUCCACCGGAGACGUUUACACCUGGGGAAGCAACUCUGAGGGACAGCUCGGUCUCGGACACACCAACCACGUCAGAGAACCGACGCUGGCGACGGCGCUGCAGGGCAAGAACAUCCACCAGAUCUCUGCCGGACGCUGCCACAGCGCUGCGUGGACGGCUCCGUCUGUGCCGCCUCGAGCGCCAGGCUCGUCGGUUCCCCUGCAGCUCGGUCUGCCGGUGGCGGUGCCGCCUCAGUACAGCGGGCUGAAGGAGGUGAGCAUCGAGGCGGUGAGGGCUCGCCUGCGCCUCCUCUACCACUUCUCUGACCUCAUGUACUCCUCGUGGAGGCUGCUCAACCUCAGCCCCAAUAACCAGAGCUGCACCUCUCACUAUAACGCCGGUACCUGGGGGAUCGUCCAGGGUCAGCUGAGGCCUCUGUUGGCUCCCAGGGUCUAUACUUUACCAAUGGUGCGCUCCAUUGGAAAGACCAUGGUGCAGGGGAAGAACUACGGGCCCCAAAUCACCGUCAAACGGAUCUCCACACGGGGACGGAAGUGUAAGCCGAUCUUUGUUCAGAUUGCUCGUCAGGUCGUGAAGCUGAACGCGUCCGACCUACGACUCCCAUCGAGAGCCUGGAAAGUCAAACUGGUGGGAGAGGGAGCGGACGAUGCGGGGGGCGUGUUCGAUGACACCAUCACAGAGAUGUGUCAGGAGUUGGAGACGGGCGUGGUCGACCUGCUCAUCCCCUCCCCUAACGCCACAGCAGAGGUCGGAUACAACAGAGACAGGUUCCUCUUCAACCCGUCGUCCUGCAUGGACGAACACAUGAUCCAGUUUAAGUUUCUGGGGAUCCUGAUGGGCGUGGCCAUCCGCACCAAGAAGCCGCUGGACCUGCAUCUGGCGCCGCUGGUGUGGAAACAGCUGUGCUGCAUCCCGCUGCUGCUGGAGGACCUGGAGGAGGUCGACCUCCUCUACGUGCAGACGCUCAAAAGCAUUCUUCACAUUGAAGACAGCGGCAUCACCGAGGAUAAUUUCCAUGAGAUGAUUCCUCUGGAUUCGUUUGUCGGGCAGAGUGCGGACGGUAAGAUGGUUCCCAUCAUCCCCGGAGGAAACAGCAUCCCGCUCACUUUCUCCAACAGGAAAGAGUACGUGGAGCGAGCCAUCGAGUACAGGCUGCACGAAAUCGAUCGACAGGUGGCGGCGGUGCGUGAAGGCAUGUCUUGGAUCGUGCCGGUGCCGCUGCUCUCCCUGCUGACGGCCAAGCAGCUGGAGCAGAUGGUGUGCGGCAUGCCGGAGAUCUGCUGCGACGUGCUGAAGAAGGUGGUGCGCUACCGAGAGGUGGACGAGCAGCACUCGCUGGUGCAGUGGUUCUGGCAGACGCUGGAGGAGUUCUCCAACGAGGAGCGAGUCCUCUUCAUGCGCUUCGUCUCCGGGCGAUCCAGGCUGCCCGCCAACACGGCCGACAUCUCUCAGAGGUUUCAGAUCAUGAAGGUGGACAGGCCGUACGACAGCCUGCCGACCUCUCAGACGUGUUUCUUCCAGCUGCGUCUGCCUCCGUACUCCAGCCAGGCCGUCAUGGCGGAGCGUCUUCGCUACGCCAUCAACAACUGCCGCUCCAUCGACAUGGACAACUACAUGCUCUCCCGUAACGUGGACAACGCCGAGGGCUCCGAUACGGACUACUGAACCAACCGCAGGAAUGAACGACACACACACAUUAAAAAGAAACACACACACACACACACAAACCCAGAGAUGCAUCGCCAUCACUGCACCAGUUGUAGGGAACUCCUGAGCAGAUGGGCCACUUUUUACUUUAAUUUUAUGUACUUUCAAAAAAACAGCACAAAGUUUCAUUUCUCCUUGUGGUUUAUUAGCGAGUUUUUAAAAAUGACACAAAAAUCCACAUGAGAAGUGCAUUUAGUGUUAAUUCUUUUUUUUUUUUUUUUUUUUUUCCUUUUUCUUUCUCAUUACUCCACAUCCCAUUUUCAGGGUUUCUGCAUGGAGGUAUGUUUAUUUGUUUGGACAUGUGUAUAGAAUAUUCAAAGCAGGUGGUCGGAGGAAGAAAAAGGAAUAUUGUACAUUGUGUAAAAUGCUUCAUUAGGAAAAAUGUUUUGCAUAAUAUCCAUAUUUAUUGUUUUCAUUGCCGAUGCCGAGUUUCCCAAAGCAUACAGAAGAAGAAAAAAAACAACAAAAACAACAAUAAAUGCUGCAUAAUUGAA